GUCACCAAGGCUAGGCUGCUGCCGGAGAGACCCGGAGUCAGGGCGAACACCCAACCAGUUACACUGGCAUCGCAGUGGGGGCUGAGGGGCUGCCCCGGCGAGUUUUAAACCCUGAACACCGCUUUGGUUGGAUCCUACGCCCUCUCUCUGUCACCACCGCCCGUCCUCCUGAUGUCGGACUUCAAGCUGGGGAUCGUACGGCUCGGCCGUGUGGCCGGGAAGACAAAAUACACACUGAUUGAUGAGCAGGACAUACCGCUUGUGGAAAACUAUGCGUUUGAGGCACGCAUGGAGGUAGAUGCAGAUGGCAAUGGAGCUAAGAUCUUUGCUUAUGCUUUCGACAUUGGCAAAGGCCGCUGGGCAGGAAGGCCUUUGCAUGAGCUGCUCUGGGAGAAGCACAGAGGAGGCAUUGCCCCCAGUUUUCAAGUCAUCCACAUCAACUCUGUCACGGUGGACAACCGGCUAGACAACCUGCGACUGGUGCCAGUGGGAUGGAGCCCCAAGCCAGAGGAGAUCUCCAGCAAACAGAGAGAGCAGUCUCUGUACUGGCUGGCAAUCCAGCAGGUACCAGCCGACCCUGUGGAGGAACAGUAUCUGGAGCUGAGCCGCACACGCUACUACAACGCUAACGGGGAGCUGGUGGAGGAAGAGGAGUGCUCCUGCACCUACUAUGAGUGUCAUUAUCCUCCCUGUUCACUCAUUGAGAGGAGGCUCCGGGAGUUCAACAUCUGCGGUCGCUGCCAGGUGGCACGCUACUGUGGCUCCCAGUGCCAACAGAGGGACUGGCCCGCCCACAAGAAGCAGUGUCGCGAGCGCAAGCGGGUGCUGGCCCUAGAAUCGGAGCCCGAGCGAUGAUCUGCCCUCAUCCUCGCCUGGAAGAGGAGGAGGGAGAACAGGGGCGGGGGGAUAGGGUUAGACUUGUGGGAGGGGAGCGGGGAUGACGUGCAAAACGGGGGGAAAUCGCUGACAAGAGACUAACGACAGAGGACAAUGUUGGUUGCUUGAUUGUUUGAUGGAUUCAGGGGGUAAGAAGAUGGAGGAGGGGAAUAAAGCAAAAAGACAUCUGCCACUUCCCAGAACUGGUAACUCUCCAUUGCUUGCUGGAUGUUGGGGAAAGGUAUUAUUUUUGUUUUGUUUUUGUUUUGUUUUUUUCCAUUAUUUUUCUCGAGGAGGGAGACCCUCGAGCUCUACCUGCUGCUAUGGUUUUGUAUGUGAGGGGGAAAAAGUUAUCUUGUUGAUGAACUGGACAAGCUUCUUUGGACCACAAAUAUGGACAGUUGUCGUCAUCCACUUUAGUUCCUCCACCCAGCCGCUGGGUGUGGUGACGUCUGUGCAAAACGGGGGACCCAGGGGCUGCAGUACCCGUCGUUCAGCUGGUACAAUGGGACAUGGACCUUUUCACUGUAUUGCUCCCUCUCUGACCUCUGGUGCACACGGCUGCUGUCUUCAUGGUCAUCGACACCUUUAGCCGCCUCCCUGUCUGUCGUACUCCCCACGCAGCCAACCUCGACACACAUCAGAUAGAUUUCACUGAUUGAAUCACACUACCAGUAUUGAGUGUGGGAGUGUGUAUGAAUGUGUAUGUAUGUAUGUAUGUAUGUAUGUAUGUAUGUGUAUCUGCUGCCAAUAUGUACUGAAGGACAUUGAAAUGGUCAACAAGGGUUACGGGCAGGGUUAAUGUAUGUCUUUUCUCUUCUUAAAGGGGCCAUAUUACCAUUUUAAAAUUAAUAUUUAAUCAUAAAUUGGUGGGUUAGAAUAUUUUCACUGUUCUAUAAUAAAAUAGCUGCCAGAUAAAGGCUUUAAUUUUUUUCUGGAAGUUCUCUUGACCCGUAAGUUAUUUUACUUUUCUAACAAUUUGAUCGGUCUUCUGUUUCUUAAGACGAGGUACAAAGUUUUAAACACCUAAAGUAACUGGAUGUAUUCCAUUUAUACAAAAAAACAAUCAGAGUUCUCCAGUUGCUAUCUUAAAGCUGUUCCAGGUGGUAUUGGUAUUGGUUUUCACAAUCUCACAAAAACAAAAUAUUAGUACGUUGAUUACAGUAUAAAGGUACUGUCACACAUCCACUAAAGCAGCUGUGUUAAAGGCAUUGUUUGCCAUUUAAAGUUCACCAAAGUUGAACUCUGCGCCUUGUCCCUUUGCUCGCAUAGAAAGAAGUGAACAGAAAAUUCACACAUGUGCGACCGUGCCCUUAGAAACUGUUUUCUUGUGAUCACAAAAUCUGUCAAACCUUUCUGAUGAUUAUUUCAACCAAAGUCUACUCUGACCUGUAGUUUGGCACUCCUGUAUCCACUGGUUCAAAUCCCUCCAGUCAGUCAUAGUUUGCUGGUUUUUAACAAACACAUGUCUUUUCAACUGUAUUUUUUGCACCUGCAGGGUUCUGGUUAUGCGUGUGUUGGGGUCAGGGAGGGGGGUAGCGCUCAGUUUCUUGUGUGAAAGUUUGCUCUUUUUUUCUUUUUCUUUUUUUUUUGAAGAAAUUCUAUCAAUGGAGCUAUAUUUAUUUAAAACAUUUGAUUGUGAAACAUGUUUUUGUCCUGGUGAUAUUUGAAGGCAAACGUUAUAUUAAAAAAGUGGACAAUAUGGGACCUUUUUUAUGUCACAUUUGUUUGGGCAGGGAGGGGGACUGAACAUUUCAACCCCGUGACUUUAAUAAUAUUUUUUUUUCUUUCCUUAUCCUGAAUGAGUGAGUCCUCCUCGGUGUUGCCCUUCCAGAUUUUCCAUGAAAACACUGCACACCAUCAUUGUCACUAAAAAUCUUCCACGUGAGAGAUGUCUUGGAGUGUAAAACUUGAAUCCCCCCCCACCCCCCCCUUCACACCCCUUUGGUAAAAUUUUAUUUCUGGAAGAGUGGUUUUAUAAACAGAACCAUUUCCUUCUUUUGUUUCCUAAGACACAGCAGUCCAAGUGAAAUUGUUCUGUGUCUACUUUAUCCUCAAUCGCCUGCCUUCCUUGUAUUACCUACAAUGCACACCUGCUUAAUGUGUCCUCUUGUGUCUUAGGUGAGGAGUCCAGACACUUUAGUAAGCAGCAUGUUAUUCACAGAUGAACAUGCGACUUGUUGAUUGUUCAUUUUGUAUGUGUGUUCAAACAGGUUUUCAACACUGCACUAAACAUUUGGCUCCCAUGUUAGCGUAUUUGUCAUAGAUGGGUUGAAGGGAGGGUGUGAUUUGGAUUUGGAGUGUACAGAUUGUGUCUGAAAUAUUUUUGUUUUGUAAGAAUAUAAACAUUAAUCACCUAGAAAUAAAGAGCUACAAUAUGUGAAUGGAGGUACAGUUGGGGGGGAUAACUGACCGUUGCUUUUCCAAUGUAAAAUGAUAAUAAAUAAAAUGAACCUCA